CUGGACUGGGGCUCCUGUGGUCUGGUGUUGGUGGCGGUGACCUGUUGCCACCCUGCAGCCGCACACCCUCGAGCCAUGUCCUGGGCCGCUCUGCUCGGCCUCCUGGCCGCGCUACUGCUGUUGCUGUUGUUGCUGAGCCGCCGGCGCGCGCGGCGACCCGGCGAGCCUCCCUUGGACUUGGGCAACAUCCCCUGGCUGGGCCAUGCCUUGGAGUUUGGGAGAGAUGCUGCCAGCUUCCUCACCAGGAUGAAGGAGAAGCAUGGCGACAUAUUUACUGUGCUGGUGGGAGGCAGGUAUGUCACCGUUCUCCUGGACCCACACUCUUACGACGCGGUGGUAUGGGAGUCGCGUACGCGGCUGGACUUCCACCCCUAUGCCAUCUUCCUCAUGGAGAGAAUCUUUGACCUGCAGCUUCCAAAUUUCAACCCCGGCGAGGAAAAGGCCAGGAUGAAGCCGCUGCUGAUGCACAGAGACCUGCAGGCGCUCACGGAAGCUAUGUACACGAACCUCCGCACGGUGCUGCUGGGGGACUCCACAGAAGCGGCCAGCGGCUGGCAUGCGACAGGCCUCCUUGAUCUCUCCUACAGCUCCCUCCUCAGAGCCGGAUACCUGACCCUGUAUGGAGUGGAGGCCUCGCCACGCACCCAAGAGAGCCAAGCGCAGGAUCGUGUCCACUCAGCUGACGUCUUCCACACUUUCCGCCAGCUGGAUCUACUGCUCCCCAAACUGGCCCGAGGCUCCUUGUCAGGGGGGGAUAAAGACCAUGCAUGCAGUGUCAAAGGCCGCCUGUGGAAGCUGCUGUCCCCAGCCCAGCUAGCCACCAGGGUUGACCAGAGCAGCUGGCUGCAGAAUUAUGUGAGGCAUUUGGAAGAGAUGGGGGUGUCGGAGGAAAUGCAGGCCCGGGCCCUGGUGCUGCAGCUCUGGGCCACACAGGGGAAUAUGGGUCCCGCGGCCUUCUGGCUCCUUCUCUACCUCCUCAAGAAUCCUGAGGCCCUUGAGGCGGUCCGUGAGGAGCUGAAGCGCGUUGUCUGGCAAGUGGAGCAGCCUGUUUUGGAGAUGAGCACCCUCCCACAGAAGGUUCUCGACCGCCUACCUGUGCUAGACAGCGUGCUAAAUGAGGCCCUCCGGCUCACGGCUGCCCCCUUCAUCACUCGCGAGGUCAUGGCAGACCUGGCCUUGCCUAUGGCAGAUGGGAGGGAAUUCUCUCUUCGACGCGGUGACCGCCUCCUUCUCUUCCCUUUCCUGAGUCCCCAAAAGGACCCGGAAAUCUACACGGAGCCUGAGGUAUUUAAAUACAACCGAUUCUUGAACCCCGACGGGUCGGAGAAGAAAGAUUUUUACAAAGAUGGGAAACGGCUGAAGAAUUACAACAUGCCAUGGGGAGCAGGGCACAAUCAGUGCCUGGGGAAGAACUAUGCCAUCAACAGCAUCAAACAAUUUGUGGUUCUCCUGCUGACUCACUUUGACCUGGAGCUGGGCAGCGAGGACACAGAGGUCCCCGAGUUUGACCUCAGCAGAUACGGCUUUGGCCUGAUGCAGCCAGAAGAGGACGUGCCCAUUCGUUACCGUAUCAGGCUGUGACCUGUGCAGCAGACACCUCACUGACUUCCCGUGCCUUCGUCAUUGCCCCCCCUGUUGCUCUCCUAGAAUGAUGUGUCCAGAGGAGGGGCCAUAGAAGUCACGGAGAGCAGGAAAAGCCAAUGGAAACGCUACAUCCCUCUGUGAAGACUUGCUUCCAAACCAGGCUGUCUGGGCUUCAGAUUCACCUGUGCCCCUGUCCUGUGGUACCCACAGUCCCCACCACCGUGUCCCUGACUCCCAGCAGGCACCCUCCUUCCCUUCAUCAGCCUUUGUUCCAGGCCUUGGCCAGCGUGGCAGAAAUGGGUCCUUGGAGGAUCCAUGAAGACUCGCCAAUGUGUUUUAAGUUCUGUCCCUAGAUUAUUAAAGAGACAUGGCCCUCCCUCUAUUCACAUGGAUGCCUGGGAAGAUGCAGGCUGAACUCUGAGGGAUAAGGUCCUCUGUCCUUGAGUCACAGGCAGUCGGUAGCAGGGCUUUCCUUAUGCUAAGACUGGGGUGGAGUGUGACCUGGAGAGACCUGGCCCUGUGAGGUGUUUGGAGAGCCAGUCUAAGAACUAUCCCUGCACCUCAACGUACAAGCCCCAGCUACGAUGUGCACAAGCCGGCAUAAAGGCUUUGGCCAGCUUGCACUUUAAAUAUCAACACAGCGAGGCAUGGCGGCUGUGAGGCAGAGACAGGCACGCAGAUCUCUGAGUUCCAGGAUAGCCAGGGCUGCACAUGCCCUGGCCACACUGGGCCACGGUCCCAAGAGUAGCUCUGCCAGGGAUCCCCAGCGCUCACCUUCCUAGGGCAAGGUUUUAGCUGAGUCAGCAUCAACACCCAUAGUUCCUUCUGGUUCUGAAAGCACUGGAGUCUGAAUCCCUGUUCUGGCUCUUGAGGGCACUGGUGGGUGCAGUGACAGGAACCAGCUAGCUUGUCUUCAGGCCACGAUGCACACCCUACUCUGAGCGCCCCACCCUUUGUACGAAGUCUGGUGCAAACUCACCUUUGUCUAUUUUGGGAGCAAGGGAGCAAGGGCUAUGGCUCGCAAACCUCCCUGUAACUGCAGACAUGCUCACAGGCUCACUCAC